AUGAUUAUGACAUCUGGCAAGCUUCUAGUAGGUCUAAGCCUAGCAUUUUCAGCAGUGACUGCUGGAACGUUCAACACUGCUAUUGAACAAAGAGUCCAAAGGACCACUAUCUCGAAUCAAUGGCGUAAUAAUGUAGAGAUAAGCUCCCCCUUAUAUCCUGCAAACUAUCUGUCGGUACCCAUUGAUCAUUUCCACAAUGAUUCUCUGUAUGAGCCCCACACCGAGGAGAUGUUUAAUCUGAGAUACUGGUUUGACGCUACAUACUACAAGCCAGGUGGUCCUGUUAUCGUCCUACAAGCGGGUGAAACAGAUGGAAGUGGACGUUUACCAUAUCUAACGAAAGGGGUCCUUCACCAGCUGAUAGUGGCAACCAAUGGGAUUGGUGUUGUGCUUGAGCAUAGGUAUUACGGAACCAGCAUGCCAAUGCCAAAUUUUUCCACAGAAAACUUGAGAUUUCUUACAACUGAUCAAGCAGUUGCAGAUCAGGUUUUCUUUGCUCGAAACGUAAAAUUUCCCGGCUUGGAGCAUUUAAACUUAAAUGCGCCUAAUGUAGCCUACAUAGGGUAUGGAGGAUCUUAUGCAGGUGGAUUUGUAGCAAUUUUAAGGAAGCUUUAUCCUGAUGUUUUCUGGGGUUGCAUUUCAUCAAGUGGCGUUAUCGAGGCAGUCCACGAUUACUGGGCAUACUUUGAGCCGAUUCGUGUAUAUGCUGAUCAAAAAUGUGUCUCGAACACCCAAAAGUUAAUAAAUGUCGUCGAUAAUAUCAUCCUUGGCCAGAAUGACCAUGCCCUCACAGAAAGACUCAAAAAUGUCUUCGGACUUCCCAAUGUCACGCAUGAUGAUGACUUUGCCUAUGCUAUCUCAAAAGGCAUCUACUCCUGGCAAAAUCGUAACUGGGACCCGGAACUUAACGAUUUCACGUUUGAAAAUUAUUGCAAUAAUAUCACGAGCUCAAACACAAUAUAUCCUGAAACAAACGAAUUAACGGAUACAGUCAAAGAGCUCCUAAAAAUUGGAGGGUAUGAAUCAGAAGUAGAUAACUUGGCAACACCUUGGCUAAAUUGGGUUGGUUGGCUCAAUCAACAACUGGUUUCUACCUGCAUUGGAUCUCAAGAUUAUUGUUUUGGAACAUACAAUACUACCUUUUAUGAGCAAGAUGACAUCUCUCAGGAUUGGCGGGCGUGGCCAUAUCAGUAUUGCACUCAAUGGGGCUAUCUACAGACUGGGUCGGGUGUUCCCAAAGAUCAGUUACCUCUUUUAUCCAGAACAAGUACUCUUGAACGCGAAUCUCUUAUUUGCAAACUUGCAUUUAAUAUUACAAGCCCGCCCAAUGUAGCGGCCAUUAAUAAGUAUGGAGGCUUCGGCCUAUCUUACUCUCGCUUGGCCAUGAUUGAUGGCGAACAAGAUCCUUGGCGACCCGUAACCGCACAUGCGAAUCCUUUCAACAGUUCGGCAGUUAAUAGGACUAGUACAAUAUCUGAACCGUUCAUACUUAUUUCUGGAGGUGUACAUCAUUGGGACGAAAAUGGCCGGCUUGCAAACGAAACUAUCGACACAGCUCCAGACCUUUUACCACCUGCCCCUGUAAGACAGGCCCAAGCCCAGGAGGUUACCUUCGUGACAAGUUGGAUGGAGGAAUGGCAGAAGAAACAACCUAUGGAGCUGUAG